GCUUCUGAAAUGUAGCCUCUUUGCAGCUGUUUGCUGACCUUCAGGAGUUUCAGGAUGCAGAAUACUGUUAGCACAGAGACCUACUCUUAUUGUUGUCUUUAGUUCAUUUAGAUUUUCAUUACAGGCAUUUUUUUUACAUUUAGCAGACACUCUUAUCCAGAGCGACUUACACAACUUUCAUAGUGUUUUUGACUAUGCUAUACAGCCUAUAAACUUUAGGAUCACACAUUCAUCUGUUGUUUAACUUCGACUGAAAACCUGCACACAUAGAGAGCAUGGAACUACUCAAAUGAGUCAUCUCGGUUACCAGGGAGAUUGAGACUGGGAGGAGAGCUCUAUUCAGGAAGUGAGGUAAUUCAAAACAGGAAAUUUUGCAUCAGAGAACAGUCGACAGCUGCAGCAGAAGCUAGGUUUCUUGGAAGUUCUAUUUGAGCUAACUGCAACAAAAUGAAAUUCUCUCAUUUCCUACUACUUAUAUUGAUUGUGUUACUUGAAAAUUUGCACGCUCAGUGCACAACAAUAAGAGAAAUCGGUCGUGGUAGUAGCCGCAUGAAAAGAGAGCAGUGCCAAGAUGGAUAUGGGGAGUAUGAAGGGCGGAAAUGCUGCAAUUGUCCACCUGGUUAUCAUGUGAACAAGUGCAGUCAAAACAAUGGAACAGAAUGUCUGUCCUGUGAAGGGGAAUCAUAUCGUGACCAUGCCAAUUUAUUGGAUUCCUGUGAGCCAUGCACGUCCUGUAACCCUACAGCAAAUCUGGAAACAGAAGAAAAAUGCACUGUGAGGCGGAACACAGUCUGCAGAUGCAAGGAGGGAUACUACUGUGAGGAAGCAGUCAGAGAGGAAUGCAAAGCAUGUCAUUCCUGCAAAAAAUGUGAAGAUGGCUUUGCUAUUGAAAAAGAAUGCACGCGCACCAGCGAUACUGUCUGCAAGGAAGUAGGAGGUGAUGCAUGGUGGGCACUCAUUGUUCUACCAAUUAUUUUUGCGAUUCUUGCGAUUGUGUAUUUUUUUAAAAAAAGAAAGCUUUUUUGUUUUGAUAAACCGAAAGACAACUGUGUCGAAGACCCACACAAGGACAACGAUAUAAAUGAACGCAUUCCACUUAAACACAUAGACCUCACUCCCCACCUGAAUGACAUAGUGAAGGAAUUAGGGCCAAGAAGUACAUUAGAGCUGGUCAGAGGCGACUUAAAAGAUACUGUUAUACAAUUUCACGAAGUGGAUGCUCCAUAUGACUCUCAGGAAAGAUCCUACAGAACACUGAAGGAUUGGUGUGAACAGCAAGGUCUCGAAAAUGCUGCUCCAAAUUUAAUUCAGAAAUUGAAUGACAAGGGCAUGAAUACAACUGCUGAUAAAAUAAAGAAGAUAAUUCUGACUGGGAAGAAGAAGUAAUAGGGCUGCCGGAUGGCUCAUCUGGUAGUGCACUGGGUUUCAGUGUGUGAUGUGGCUCUUGAUUUGCAAUGGAAACCAGACUGUGCACCAUUUAGUGCCCUGUCUCCGGUGGAUCAUGUUACUGCCGUGGUAUGGGAAAACAAGUGCCUGGUCAAUGUUGUUAUCAAAGAAAAUUGGUUGGGGGGUGAUUGGGUGGCUCAUCUGUGUAAGGCACUGUGCUGUGGUGCAUGGAUGAGCCCCACGGUCUCUGAUUGAAUCCAGACCACGCAGAAUUGAUGAUUGUCGCCUAGGGUACCAGUGGGCUUGGUUGGUUAGGGGUCCGCCCCUUUUCGAUUGGGUGCUUCUCUGUGGAACGAACUCCCCGUCCCUCUCCAAACCUCCCCCUCACUAUCCAUCUUCCGCCGUGGCCUGAAGACUCAUCUCUUCAGACUAUACCUAGAAUAACCACCACCACGCUGUAUAUAUUUAAAAAAAAAAACAAAAAAACAAAAAAACAAAAACCUUUUCCUAUCACUUGUUACAUGUUGCCCCUUCCCUGCGCUUCUUGGUAAAUUGUAUUCGUCCUAAUACUGUAGCUUAUUCUUCUGCCUAGUUUGGCUUUGCAGAUGUUAGACCAGGAUACUGUUCUUUGUUCUCGGCUAGAAAUAGCUUUACAAAAUAAGUAAUUGUACCUUACUGAACCCGUGUUCAACAGUUGUCUACGAUCAUGAAAAUGCACUUUUUGUACGUCGCUUUGGAUAAAAGCGUCUGCUAAAUGAAUGUAAUGUAAUGUAAUGUAAUGGGUGUCUGCAUGCCAAAGUCGCACGUGAGAGGCUUUCAUCUGAUCAAAUUCUAUGCAAGCUUGGCUGUGGACUGUGUUGUGAAAAAAACUCAUUAUUAGACAUAGUUUCAGCUCAAUAUUAGAUGUACUUUGGGAUGAUUCUACUUGGUUUAAUGGAGAAAAGUCCAACAGUUGACAUACCCCAGGGAUUAUUGUUUUUGUAUUCUGUAAUUCCUCAAAAGUGUACUAUUCCCCAGUAUCUCUGGUGGUUUUAAGACUCCGGUAAGACAUCCAUAUUUGUGUAACUUUAUGGAAUUUUGUAAGUAAGAAAAUGAAAAUUUUAUGAUGGGUGUUCAGAGACUGCUGGCCAGUUCAAUUAAUAAAUGAAUAAUAAAAAAAAACAGUCUAAACAGAA